AGAGAGAGUGCCCGUUCAACGAAGUCCCACCCAAAUAGACUACACCUCUUACCUCCCCUGGACGUAAAGUGGGGGUAGAUACAUCACAUAAAGGGGUUCGCCCAAGACUAUGGAUAAAUUUCUUCUCUAAUUUCAUUGAAUAUAACACAUUUUGGAAACAAUGCGACCUGAAACUGGAAUAGUUAUUGCUGCCUUGUUCUGCAUGGGCUGCUGCGUGACACUGACAGCGCACAAGAAAGUGUGUCAGGGGAUCAGCAACAGGCUGACGCUGCUGGCGACUGUAGACGACCACUACAACAACCUUGUGAAGAUGUACAGCAACUGUACCGUGGUCCUGGAGAACCUAGAGCUCACCUACAUCCAGGACUACCACGACCUCUCCUUCCUCAAGUCCAUUCAGGAGGUUGGAGGAUACGUUCUGAUCGCCCUCAAUAAGGCAGCCAGCAUCCCUCUCGAGAACCUGCGUCUUAUCCGAGGACACUCCCUCUUCCUUGACAAGUAUGCCCUGACUGUAACAUCCAAUUACGAAAAGAAUCACUCCUCUGUGACCCUCAACUACACCCGGGGCCUGAGGGAGCUGAAGCUGAGUGGACUGACAGAGAUUCUCAAGGGAGGUGUGAAAAUUGCCCACAAUCCUUUGCUGUGUAAUGUGGAAACCAUCCAGUGGUGGGACAUGGUAAAUAAGGCCAUAAACCAUAGUAUGCACUUCAAACUGGAGAGCUAUGGUCGUUACUGUGACAAGUGUGACCCGGGAUGCUACAAUGGAUCAUGCUGGACCUCCGGACUGGAGAACUGUCAAACCUUUACCAAGCUGACGUGUGCAGAGCAGUGCUCUGGAAGGUGUAGGGGUCCUAAACCCAGUGACUGCUGUAACGAACACUGUGCUGCAGGCUGCACCGGCCCGAGGCCUACAGAGUGUCUGGCUUGUAGAGACUUCCAGGAUGAUGGCACAUGUAAGGAUGCCUGCCCCCCUACCAUGCUCUACAAUCCCAACACCCACCAGCUGGCUUCCAACCCUAAUGCCAAGUACACGUUUGGGGCCACUUGUGUGAAGGACUGCCCACAUAAUUAUGUGGUGACGGACCACGGGGCGUGUGUCAGAACGUGCAGCGGCAACACACACGAGGUGGAGGAGAAUGGUGUCAGGAGGUGCAAGAAGUGUGACGGAAUCUGUCCGAAAGUUUGCGAUGGACUUGGAAUGGGACUGCUUACUAAAGUGUUGUCAAUCAACGCGUCUAACAUUGAUUCUUUCAAAAACUGCACCAAAAUCAAUGGAGCUGUUUCAAUUAUGCAGACAUCUUUGGAUGGUGAUAGGUACACAUCAACACCAAAAAUGGACCCCGCCAAACUGGAAUAUUUCAAGACUGUGAAGGAAAUUUCAGGGUUUUUGCUGAUACAAGCUUGGCCCGAGCACCUCAACUCUCUCAGUCCAUUUGAAAACCUAGAGAUUAUCAGAGGAAGGACCAAACAGUUUGGUCAGGUGAGUUUCGCUGCCCUCAACUUGGCCCAUCUGAAGUAUCUAGGCCUCCGCUCCCUACGAGAGAUCAGCGAUGGCAAUGUUGUGGUGAAGAACAACCCCCAGCUCUGCUACACCAAUGGAGACCAUUGGAAGAGCCUGUUUAGAUUGGGCAAACAGUCCUCAACAGUGGGCAACAACGUCAACAUCAGCACCUGUGCCAAGCUAAACAGUACCUGUGAUGAGAUGUGCACCGACGAUGGUUGCUGGGGGCCCGGCCCCACCAUGUGUUUUACAUGCCUGUAUUACACCCGAAGGGGGCGCUGUGUGCGGGCCUGUCACCUACAGGAGGGGGUGCCACGAGAGUAUGUACUGAAUAACAGGUGUCUAGAAUGUGACCCAGAGUGUAUGGUGAAUGGACCACAAAGCUGCUUUGGACCAGGCCCUGACAAAUGUUUGGCGUGCGCUCACGUCAAAGAUGGUCCCCACUGUGUAUAUCAGUGCCCACACGGCGUUCUCGGGGACGGGGAUAGGCACAUCUGGAAAUACACAGACAAGAAGCGAGAAUGUCAGCUGUGCCAUGAGAACUGCACCCAGGGAUGCUCUGGACCUGGACUGAGUGGCUGCAGCACCAGAGGUGGUCACAUUGCGUCGGUGGUGGUGGCCAGAGUGGUGGGUGGCCUCCUUGUGUUUGUGGUCCUCGCCCUGGGUGUUUUUGUGCUGCUUCGUAGACGCCACGUCGUCAGGAAGAGGACACUGCGCCGUCUGCUGCAGGAGAGAGAGUUGGUUGAACCCCUGACCCCAAGUGGAGAGGCACCCAACCAGGCCCUGCUCCGUAUUCUGAAGGAGACUGAGUUUAAGAAAAUCAAAGUGUUGGGAUCAGGGGCCUUUGGAACUGUCUUUAAGGGCAUGUGGAUUCCUGAGGGAGAAAACGUGAAGAUCCCUGUUGCCAUUAAGGUGUUGAGAGAAGCCACUUCACCAAAAGCCAACAAGGAGAUUCUAGACGAGGCCUAUGUGAUGGCUUGCGUGGAGCACCCCCAUGUGUGUCGUCUACUGGGCAUCUGCCUGACAUCCACGGUGCAGCUCAUCACCCAGAUCAUGCCCUACGGCUGUCUGCUGGACUAUGUCAAGGAGAACAAGGACAACAUCGGCUCCCAGUGCCUGCUUAACUGGUGUGUGCAAAUCGCCAAGGGUAUGAACUACCUGGAGGAGCAUCACCUGGUGCACCGUGACCUGGCGGCCAGGAACGUUCUGGUGAAGACGCCUCACCACCUCAAGAUCACCGAUUUUGGACUGGCCAAGCUGCUCACCGCAGACGAGAAGGAGUACCAUGCAGAUGGGGGCAAGGUGCCCAUAAAGUGGAUGGCACUGGAGUCCAUCCUUCACUGGACCUAUACACAUCAGAGCGAUGUGUGGAGCUACGGUGUGACAGUGUGGGAGCUGAUGACAUUUGGGUCCAAGCCCUACGAUGGCAUCCCGGCCAUUGAGAUAGCUGGAGUCCUGGAGAAAGGAGAGCGCCUGUCCCAGCCCCCCAUCUGUACCAUAGACGUCUACAUGAUCAUGGUCAAAUGCUGGAUGAUCGAUGCAGAGUGCAGACCACGGUUCAGGGAGCUCAUCUCAGAGUUCUCCAAAAUGGCCCGGGAUCCAUCUCGCUAUCUGGUCAUUCAGGGGGAUGAUCGCAUGUACCUGCCCAGUCCCACGGAGCCUAUGUUCUACCGUAGCCUGAUCAGUACAUCAGAGGACAUGGAGGAUGCUGAGGAGUAUCUUCACCCCUAUAAGGAUCUCUCCACCAGACAGACCACCCAGCACCACAACUCUAGGAAUGGCCAUCCAAUGAGAGAGAACAGUGUGAUCCUUCGCUACAUCACAGAUCCCACCCACGGUGGUUCUCUAGAGAAGGACAUCACAGACCCCACCCAUGGUGGUUCUCCAGAGAAAGAUUUCCCAGCUCUUCCAGAAUACCUUAACCAGAACGGGAACACCAGGCUCUCUGACUUCUUCAACCCCAGCUAUGAGGACCCCACUGAGCCAGCCUGGGCUAGUAGGCCCUCCUCUGGGUAUGACCCGGACGUCAAGUUCUUCAACUUCCUGCCGUGCGUGCUGGAGAUCCCUGAGUACCACAACAUGGCCCGCAAUACCCUCCCUCGCUCCGUCUGCGAGCGCAUGGACAACCCAGACUACCAGGAGGACUUCCUGCCUCAGGCCACACCCACCAGUAGUCACUUCCUGCCUGCAGUAGAGAACCUGGAGUACCUCGGAUUGAGCGCUGCUGUACACGCCCCUGUACGCUAGGGGUUUCCUCCCACAGAACACAGGGACAGUGAGGGACUAUGGGACCUAAAGGAACUUGGAUGGAGACAGAUGUGGGACAUCAGGGAAGGGUUUGGAGAGAUUACAGUAGUGUGGUUGUCCCUUUAUUUAUGGAGUGAAUAGGCUUUUUGCGUCGUCCUUGGAUGUAAGUCAGCCAAAACCAAGAUGGCGUCUGUCAUGAAUUGAUGCUCCUGGGAAAUGUGUACUCUAUUUCAAAUCCAUGAAGCAUCCACAGGUGAGUUUGGGUGACUUUCCAAUCAGAAGAAUGAGCCAAAGCCUUGACAAUACAAUUAUGUCACGCAAGUAAUUUAUUUGUACACUGUUGUUUGGUCAGUUCGGGUCGAGUGUGUGACAGUUUUUUUUUUUUGUCUUGCCAUGAAAUGUGAAUGGAGUGAACUGAGUACACACUGAGAUACUGACCAUUAAGGUCAGUGGUGGACCUUAUGCUUACAUUGUAUUGUGGACACAGUUUAUUAGAGUUUUUCACUGUUGUACACACUUGAAUACCAAGACUCAAACGAUUUUGGGUACCGAGAGCUACUGGUAACUAAGAUGGUCAAUUCAAAGUAUUUUCAAAAAAUGACACACAAAUGUACAGAUUGUGUUAGGCGUGCAUUGAUCUACACAAAAACGGUAAAUAAUGGCGACAUAUUCGGGUCUCACUCUCUAUCUUAGAAAGAAAACUGGUCUGUAAGUCUUAACUCUUGCUAGUAUUAAUAAUUGCAAUAAGGAUUGAAAACUGGAAGAGCACAAAUAGACACUAUAAAAGAACUCUAUGGGUAGAGAACGAUUAAAUGAAGGUGUGGCGGUGUGCCGUAUUCUGACCUUGAAUUAAUGCCACCACCUCAAACCCCUCCCCCAUUCAUGGUUUCCUAGCGUGUAAAGAUGGUGGAAUUGAUUCAAGUUCAGAAUAUGGCGUGGGGAAAAAAAAUACUAUAUAAACAUAUAUAUUACACUGUAUUUUUUUUUUUACUAAGUCUGGCUUUCAACUUACUCUUGAAAGUUGUAAUAGUAGAUGCACAAGGUGAAAUUUCAAAACUGGGUAGUAAAAGCAUCAGCUUUCCUAUUGUCAGUCAUUGCAUACCUUGCGAGCUAUUUAUAACUAAAGUCAAAUGUCCAGAUCAACUAGACCGUGUCAGCAAAAGUUUUUUAGCUAGGUUUUUUUGUAUAUUCUGGAAAAAAAUAUUUAGUGUAGAGGCGCAGACUAAGGACGAAUAAACUGUAAGCUAUAAAAUAAAUGGUUUAUAUAUGAACUCCCAGUAACUUAUUGGGUACAACACCACGGUUACCCUGAAGAAGGCAGAGUGAUGCUGAAACAUUGGUGGUUUACCCAAUAAAUUACUGAGAGUUUAUAUAUAGAGUGUACAAUUUUUUUUAUAGCUAGGUUUUUUUAGCUCAUAGAUUGUUGUAAUGUUUGAGUCACUCAUCACAUGAAUAUACAUUAGGCAUGACAAAAUGUGUAGAAUUGCAGGAAAUAAACUUUAAACCUUACAUUUUAUUUCGGCCAACGAGGGGAGUGAGCAGUUUCUCAUGAACAGUGCUUGUGCCCAUAGAAAUAGACAUGUUGUGCACGCAUGGGGGAUGCAGAUGUUCCCCAAUGCUGGAAGGGGGGCCUGAGUGAAAAAGUUUGGGAACCCCUGGUCAAGCGAACCUACCGGUUCUUUCAGAUAGAAAUAACAGCAUUAGCCAUGCAUCAUUGUUUACAACUUGAUAAGAGCUAGGUAAAUGAGUGAUCCGUUUGGAUAAGGGAAUUGUAAAUGACACUUUUUGUCAUGUAGUGUUUAUCUAAAACAAGUAUGUGGACACCUGCUCGUCGAACAUCUAAUUCCAAAAUCAUGGGUAUUAAUAUAUUGCUGCGGGUACUGAUGAUGGGCGAGUCGGCCCGGCUCGCAGUCAGCCCAAAGGUGAUAGAUGGGGUUUAGGUCAGGCCAGUCAAGUUCUUCCACACUAAUCUCAAAAAACCAUUUCUGUAUGGACCUCGCUUUGUGCACAGGGGCAUUGUCAUGCUGAAACAGGAAAGGGCCUUGCCCAAACUGUUGCCACAAAGUUGGAAGCACAGAAUCAUCUAGAAUGUAUGCUGUAGCGUUAAGAUUUCCCUUCACUGGAACUAAGGGGCCUAGCCCAAACCAUGAAAAACAGCCCCAGACCAUUAUUCUUCCUCCACCAAACUUUACAGUUGGCACUAUGCAUUAGGGCAGGUAGUGUUGUACCAGGAUCCGCCAAACCCAGAUUCGUCCGUCGGACUGCCAGAUGGAGAAGCGUGAUUCAUCACUCCUGAGAACACGUUUCCACUGCUCCAGAGUCCAAUGGCGGUGAGCUUUACACCACUCCAGGGGAUGGUUGGCAUUGUGCAUGGUGAUCUUAGGCUUGUGUGCGGGUACUCGGCCAUGGAAACCAAUUUUAUAACGCUCCCGACAAACAGUUAUGGUGCUGACGUUGCUUCCAGAGGCAGUUUGAAACUCGGUAGUGAGUGUUACAACCGAGGACCGAUGAUUUUUACGCGCUUCAGCACUCGGCGGUCCGUUCUGUGAGCUUGUGCGGCCUACCACUCCCGGGCUGAGCCGUUGUUGCUCCUAGACAUUUCCACUUCACAAUAACAGCACUUACAGUUGACCGGGGAAGCUCAGCAUGACAGAAAUUUGACGGACUUACUUGUUGGAAAGAUGGCAUCCUAUGAUGGUGCCACGUUGAAAGUCACUAAGCUCUUCAGUAAGGCCAUUCCACUGCCAAAGUGUGUCUAUGGAGAUUGCAUAUAGCCCUCAAUUUUAUACACCUCUCAGCAACGGGUGUGGCUGUAAUAGUCAAAUCCAAUAAUUUGAAGUGGUGUCCACAUACUUUUGGAUAUAUAGUGUAGAUAAACAUUUAGAGAUUUGAGGAUAGGAGUGUGAACAGUGUCACAUGGACUGUUAGCUCUUGUUAACAGCAUAUGCGUCAGAUUAUUUGUGAAAUUUCUACUUGUUUAACAAAACAUUUUUUUUACAGUGGAGAUUGUUUUAACAACAUGGAUUUGUCUCUAUCCUCGAGUUGAACAUCCACAUGUGAAUUAAUUUGAGUGUACAGUACCAAUUCAGAUGUAUUUCCCCAGAAAUCAGCAGUCUUAAGCAAUGUUAGGAAAAAGUUAGCUACUUGUACAUAAAUGAACAUUCCCUGGAAAUCCCUUCAUUGUGACUCCAUUCCUUUUGUUAAUGCAGCCUAUGAAUUCUAGGUUUAACACAGGCAGCCCAAUUCAGAUUUUUUUAUGCCACUAAUUGGUCUUUUAACCAAUCACAUCAGAUCUUUUCAAAGAUCUUUUUCAGGCCUCCCGGGUGGCGCAGUAGUCUAAGGCACUGCAUCACAGUGCUAGCUAGCUGUGCCACUAGAGAUUCUGGGUUUGAGUCCAGCCUCUGUCGCAGCCGGCCGCAACCGCAAGAUCCAUGGGGCGGAGCACAAUUGGCCCAGGGUCGUCCGGGUUAGGGGAGGGUUUGGCCGGCAGGGAUGUCAUCGUCCCAUCGCGCACUGGCAACUCCUGUGGCAGGCCGGGCGCAGUCCACGCUGAUGCGGUUGCUAGGUGUACGGUGUUUCCUCCGCCACAUUGGUGCGGCUGGCUUCCGGGUUAAGUGGACAUUGUGUCAAGAAGCAGUCCGGCUUGGUUGGGUUGUGUUUCGGAGGACACAUGGCUCUCGACCUUCCCCUCUCCCGAGUCCGUAUGGGAGUUGCAGCAAUGAGACAAGACUGUAACUACCAUUUGGAUACAACGAAAUUGGGGGAAAAAUGCAGUUUUAAAAAAAGGAAAAUACAACUAAAAUAUAUUUUUCAGAGCUGAUUUGAUUGGUUAAAAGAUAUUUAUCAGAAUUGGGUUGCCUGUGUAAAUGCAGCCUUAGUUGCUACAUAAAUGUUGUUUUACUUAAAUUCAUGACAUUGAUUCUUGAAGAAUAUAACUUAUAAAUGCCUCAUGAGUUUAGUUCAACUGUCGUACCACAUCAGAACCCCAAAUAAGCUUUUUACUCCAAUGUUUAUAAGCGGUAUACAUGUAAACAAACACUGUAUAGCCUCAACAUGGUUGAAACUAUACUUUUAAAUAUCAUGGAUGGUCAGUCCUUUUAUCCAUUGCUCUGUCUAUGAAUUUGAGAGUGGUUACAUUUCUCCAGGCCCAUCUCUCAGCUUUUUUCUAGCCGAUAACAGAGGCGGCUCAAGCACUGUUUUUAUGAUUGUCUAUGUUAUUACAGAGGGGUUAGAAGUCAGUAAUGCAAGUAGAAAAUAGUUGGUAAUUCAACUCAAUUUAAGCAUUUGGUAAUUGUGAGACAACUGCACGCUCACUGAGUCAACAGUGAUUGACACGUAUCCAUGACGUUCUUCCUGUGUUUGUAUACUGUAUCUACUAGUAUUUGGUGUUUAGGAAAUCAAUUUUAAUUGUGCACUUCACACAUACAAAAGUACAACAUUCCACUGUAAUGCUAUGUCCUAGACGCUACAAUGCUUAAAAUAAAGGAAUGACAUUUUAAUUUCUUAAAGUCAAA